GUUUCUGCAGCCGCUGCAAGUUGUACAUUGCAAUCUUGCGGCGAUCGUAGCGCAAGAUGAGCAGCCUCAUCUCCUGUGUCUCCUGGGUCAAAAGAGGGGUAGCAGCCCGACACCCCGGGAAAUAUGUCUUAGACGAUAACGAGCUUGCUCGAGUUAGUGCACUUGCCCACAUCGAGCUAGAAGAUGCGCGGAAAGAGCUCGAAGCCGCACACAAAGCUGCUGGAACGAUGGGGAAGGGAGCCGAGGGCGAGGAGGCCGACGAUGUAGAUGAGGAUGAGGAUGAGAGCGCAUGGGUCGAUGAAGAUGAUGACAAGGCGGACGAGGAUGUCACCAUGGAAGUCGACGAGCCUCACAAGCCGGCCAAGUCUGCGAAUGGAGACGACGAUCUCGCUGAGUAUAACUUAGAUGACUAUGAUGAGGAUGAUACCAUGCCAGCCAUGGGUCCAUUUAGCAACAUCAAAGGCCUCACAUACCACCGGAAUAACGAUGAGGAUCCGUACAUCACCUUGAAGGAGGACGAGGAAGAGAACGAGCGAGAAGAACUCGAGAUCCUGCCGACCGACAACAUCCUUGUCGCCGCCAAAACCGAAGAUGAAAUCUCCCAACUCGAGAUCUACGUUUACGACGAGUCCGAAGAGAACCUCUACGCUCACCAUGACCUCAUGCUCCCCAGCUUCCCGCUCUGCCUCGAAUGGCUUGACUUCCCUCCCGUCACGUCCCCCUCCGCCCAGGCCACCUCCACCCACCCCGCAAAACAGUUUGGCAACUACAUCGCCGUCGGCACGAUGGAGCCCGAGAUUGAGAUCUGGUCGCUCGACGUCGUCGAUGCGAUGUACCCCGACAUGGUACUCGGGCGCCCAGACAAGACCGCCGCGCACGUACCAACACCGCUUGGCACUGGCAAGAAAAAGCGCAAGAAGACCAAGCACCGCGCAACGUCGUCAGCGUACCACGUCGACGCCGUGCUCUCACUGUCGUGGAAUCGCACACAUCGGAACUUGCUGGCAUCUGCGUCUGCGGAUCGCACGGUCAAGCUGUGGGACCUCACUCGCGACCCGACGAUCAGUGGUGAGGGUGACGAAGGGCAGGGUGCGCUGCGUAGUUUCGACGUGCACAAGGACAAGGUACAGGCUGUGCAAUGGAAUGAAAAGGAGCCCACGGUACUGCUCACCGGUAGCUACGACCGGACGGUUCGAACGUUCGACUCGAGAGCGCCCGACGCGGGCGUUGGGGCAGUAGUCGGGGCAGAUGUUGAGGCGAUCCGGUGGGACCCAUGGGAGGCACACGGCUUCUAUGUGUCGCUGGAAAAUGGCCUUGUCCUGAACUUCGACGCAAGAGCAUUGCCUUCCAAUCUGAGCUCUCCCUCACCCGCACGCUUCACACUUUCUGCCCACGACGGUGCCGCAUCCGCGCUGGAUGUGAACCCGCACAUCCGGGGCUGCAUCGUUACUGGCGGGACUGACAAGGUCGUCAAGGUAUGGAACGUCAACGAAGACGCCGACCUCGAGAAGCGGCAAGUCAGUCUCGUUAUCUCGCGCGACUUAGGUGUGGGCAAGGUGUUCUCGACGUCGUGGUCGCCCGACGACGCGCUCACACUCGCGGCAGCGGGGUCCCAGGGCAAGCUGCAGGUGUGGGACAUCGGUGCCAAUGCGGGUGCACGAAAAGCCCUGGGCUCAAAGUUGGCCGAAGCGGGCAGGAUGCUGAAGGAAAAGAUGGGCGGUGGCGUCGUCGGUGUUGCAAGUGAUGACGAAGAUAGCAGUGGCGAUGAGGACGGGGAUGAGUGAGGUUUACUCAGCUGGAGUUUCAUGUCAUCGUGGCUGUCGUGAACGUAGCGCUGUUGUAAGACGACUCAUCCUCGACGAAUUGUGGGCAGGAUGUCGCUCGCUAUCAGAUGCUGCGCGUUGUCAGAAAGCACGGCACGCAAUUAGCUAAACUGCACGUUACCAUGUACAAGUCACGUACUGAAGGUGACGAGAACCUCAACAUUAAAAUGUUCAACCCAGGUGCAACCGUUCAA